AUGGCGACCCAAUAUCCGGUGGCGGGGUCUUUCAACGCAUAUUCAACUCGUUUCUUUUCACCGGCUUAUGGUUUUGCUUUGUCGUGGAAUUACUGGUUCAAUGACGCUGUUUCAGUGGCGUCUGACCUCACAGCCGCCCAGCUUGUACUUCAGUUCUGGUCAAUAGAGAACGCUUGGAUAAUUAGUAUAGUUUUCUGGCUCCUUUUAGUCGGUGUAAAUGCAUUACAUGUUGGAGGCUACGGGGAAUUAGAAUAUUGGCUCUCGUCGCUCAAGGUUGCCACUGUUGUUCUUUUCAUUAUGAUUGGCACGCUUGUCAAUGUUGGGGUGAAUCCUGAACGAAAAUUUAUUGGAUUCGAUAAUUGGAGAAUUCCAGGAGCUCCAUUUGUUGGAGGCUUUGGAGGCUUUGCUAGGGUCUUCGUCACAGCUAGCUUUGCUUUCGGAGGUACAGAAAGUUUAGGGAUAACCGCCGGAGAGACAAAAAAUCCGUCGAAGAAUAUGCCUAGAGUUGUCAACCUUGUGUUCUGGAGGAUUAUGAUCUUCUAUAUUUUAACAAUCUUUAUCAUAGGCCUCAAUGUGCCCUGGGAUUAUCCAAACUUGUCGAACCGUGCUACGACAACUUCUCCUUUCACCAUCGUCUUUGUUUCAGCUGGAUCAUCUGUUGCGGCAUCCUUCAUGAAUACUGUCAUUCUCACAUCUGUAUUAUCGGCCGGAAAUCAUGCCCUAUUUGCAGGCACCAGAGUUCUUUACGGACUUGCUGUGACUAGUCCUCCUCAAGCACCACCUAUAUUUGCAAGGACUACAUCCGCCGGUACACCAUUACCAGCUCUUUUAAUGACGAGCAGCAUCAGUGCUCUGUGUUUCCUUAGUAGCUUCAUUGGAAACGGCGAACUAUGGGGAUGGUUGCAGAACAUCGUCGGGGUCUCCAACCAGAUUGCCUGGUUGUCAAUUGGAUUGUCUAGUUGGAGAUUUCGCAAGGCUUGGUUAAGGCAGGGGCGAUCUUUUGACGAAUUGAAAUAUAGGGCUUCAUGGACAUGGCCAUGGGGCCCGCCCUUUGUGGUUGGAACGGUCUCAUUGUUGAUCUUAAUACAAGGGUGGUCGUCUGUUUUCCCUGUCUUCUCAGCGUCCGACUUUAUAUCAUUCUACAUUGAGAUACCAGUCAUGGUUAUCAUGCUCAUUGCGUGGUUACUAUUGAACAGGACCGCACCAGAAACCGCUCAAUCGGAAGCACAAAUGGCACCAGAAUUAUCUCAGUUGCUUCCAGAUAGCAACAACAAUUUAGGUAUUAAACCAAUGCCUCGUUUAUCUGAUCUAGUUGACGUCAAUGUUGUGGAUCUGUACCGAGACGAGUAUUUGGAAGUUGAGGGCGAUUUUGAAGUGGAAGACAAGGUCACCAAGCGUUUGAAUGGAAGAUUGGGACAUUUAUGGAGAUUGUACUACUGGAUAAUUUGA